AUGACAGUCGAAUACGAGCCUAAGAGUCCUGAAGCCUUGCUGAAGAUAUCCCCCGUUAAGGUUGAAGACGAGGCCAGCUACAAAUGCGAGAUAACAUAUCUGGAAGUACGAGAGAACUGCGACGUUGUGCAAAUCAUCAAGCUAUCAACUCUAGUUGUGCCCGAAUCUGUUCGAAUACUUGGAGUGGAUGGCGUCACGAUGGCAAACACUUCAAUGCUGGGACCCCACGACGAAGGCACACAAAUUGAAUUAAUUUGCGAGGCGAACGCAGGACGACCGACACCGAAAGUUUACUGGUAUAACGGAACUAAACAGUUGAACGCUCUGUAUUCGUCUCACGAGGACGGAGACGGACUCGGAACUGGGACGUCCAAGUUGCAAUUUACCUUAUCCCGAGGUGAUUUGGCAGCGAAAUUCGAAUGCAAGGUGGAAAGCGAAGCCCUGGAGGAACCGAUCAUCACAUGGUUGAGGGCCGACGUCCACGUUAAACCGACGAAGAUGGAGCUGAUCGGACCGAAGAAUCAGGUGGAUCAGGGCAGCAUCGUGUCUCUGGUUUGCAACGUCUUCGGGGCACGACCUCCGGCCGAAAUAAAAUGGUUCAACAAUUCGGAGCCGAUGGGCGAGUCACUGGUCGAGCAGAAUCACCUGAAAACGCCUUUUGUGACAAAAGUUUUACAAAAUACCGAUGACACUUACACGACCCAGAGCAUAUUGAAGUUCAGAGCGAGUCGCUACGAGAAUGGCAACGCUUUCCACUGUUAUGCCGAGAAUGCGGUAAUACGAAGUCAGAAGGAGACAUCCCUGCACGAGCUAACAUUAGUCGAAGUUUACUAUCCUCCGGUCGUUACGGUUUCACCAGAAAAGAUUGUGACGAACGAAACGGCCGACAUCCUCCUGCUCUGCUCAUACGUAUCCAAUCCGAUGAAAUUAGAUGGAGUAGUUUGGGCGAAGAACGGCAAGAACAUUACGCUGAACCAGGAUAAGUACGAUGGAGGAACCAUCGAGAAUCCGCCGCUUAUUAUAAAGAACGUGUCCAGGGAGGAUAUGGGAGAAUAUACGUGCACUUGCAAGAACGUCGUCGGUUCCGAGGAAUCCGGACAAUCACUUUACCUCGAUGUAGAAUAUCCACCUAGCGUUGAGGUGAUCAUCACACCUUCGAACCCCGUGAAAGAAAGAGAUCAGAGUGAUGUGACCGUUGAAUGCGAGGUGAUCUCCGGUAAUCCAUCCAACCUGACAAGUGUUCGUUGGUACUUGGGUACGGAUAUGCUGAUGCAACUUCCAUAUUGCAAUUACACGUACAACGAGAACGGAGAGCCGAUCGGAAACGGCGGCAAAUUCUGCGACGUGAACGCAACUGUCUUGAGCUUGGAGAAUGUAGCGCAAAGCAUGGCCGGCAAUUACACAUGUCAAGGGAUGAACGUAGCUGGCUGGGGUCCUGAAUCCGAACCAUCCGAGUUGAUCGUCUAUUAUCCACCGUCGCCUGCCAAGCUGCGAUUCAUGCCCUCGAAAGUUAUUAAAACUGCCGCAGUAACUCUCGAAUGUUCCGUGGAUAGUCCUGGAAGACCUGAGAAUAUCACUUACCUCUGGUACAGAGGCACUUACCAGGUGCCCGACAUCACCACGCCAAAUUGGACCAUCACUCCGGUGCUCCUCGAAACCAAAAGCAAUUUCACCUGCGCCGCAAUCAACGAAGGCGGACAAAGCGAAAACGCCACAGUUUACAUCGAUGUUUCCGCUCCGCCCGCUUUCAUCCAGAAUUUGAUUCCGUACCAAGGGGUGCUCAUGAAUCUCAAGAACAUCUCUCUCACCUGUCGCGUCGAAUGCUCCCCUCUUUGUGGAAUCACCUGGUUCAAGGAUGGUCACAAGUUGAAUCUUCAUAACAAUCCACUGUACUACGAGACGAAAGCCAACUUCCCUCCAGAUCUAAGGAAAAACGAUUUUGAAUCCGUUGAGUCAACAUUGAUAUGGAAUAUGACCGCAUGGCCUGGAGAGAUGUUGGAUAGAACAGCUCCUAACUCCAACUACACGUGCCAGAGUACACCGAACGGUAUUGGACCUGGCGUGAAUUCAACGAUAGAAAUCGCAGUUGAUUAUCCGCCAGAAAACUUGACCGUCUCCAGCAAAGUUGUUUCCGUCAUCGAGAACCACAAGCCCGACAAAGUGGUUUGUCAAGGUAAAGGUCAUCCUACCCUGAACUACCUUUGGCGCAGAGAUGGCACUACCGAACCCCUCUCCAAGACCAACAUCUUGAACUUGGGCAUAGUGCCAAGAUCCGCUUCCGGCAAAUACAUCUGCGAAGCAAACAACAAGUACGGAACGGAAACUACAAACGUAUACUUGAACGUUCAAUACGCACCGAGCUGUACGAUCGAAACUGUUGAAUACGAUGGCGUGUCAACUUUGGAGUGCACUGCUCACGCCAAUCCCCAAGAUGUUACGUUCACGUGGAAGAUCAAGGGCGACAACGAUACAUUGGAAGGGUCUUUGAUGAGCCAGAAAGGCGUUAAAGGUUACCUGAAACUAGACCCCAACGUGGAAUCUUUCAGAACUUACCAAUGCUUCGUCAAUAACUCCGUCGGAAUAAGCGCCCCCUGCGAGAGGGACGUUACCGCUUACCAGGAGCAAAGUAGUCAAAUUGGAGUACCAGGUGUCGCUCCUUGGUGGAGGCAGCUGAUCAACGAGAACCUGCUCAUCCUGAUCGCAAUCAUCGUAGGAAUCAUCGUCUUCGUUAUCAUCGUAUGUAUAAUCAUCAUACUGGUCUGCAAGAGGAAACGCGCCAACAACAAAUACACUAAUGCGGUCGAGAUGGAAGAACGCGAAAAUCCUGACGGCCAAUCUCCGGAUACAUCCGCAACGAAAUGGCCCCUAAAGCCCGGCGUUUUGCUGCACGUCAAUAAAAUGCAUAACUUCAAUAUGGGUCAAUUAAAGACGGUCUCGUUGGGUUACAAGACGACAUCCGUUGUCUCCAUGGGGAACAGAACGCCUCUGUACAAGCGGAGCAAGAAUAAAGUUUAUGCCAGAUUGGAACGGUUCAAGGAAUUGCUAGGAUUCGGGGAUCGGGAUUCCUCAUUGCCGUUCGGCGUGUACAGGGGAUCAGCCGGAGUUGUGACGUUUAAAAAGUUCAAAGACACUGCGAGUCCGAGCGAAUCAGGUGCUACCAUGGUUUCGCGGAAAAGAAAGAAACCUGGCGAUGCACCAAACCCGUCCUCUAUAGCAGAUAAGGGGGGCUUGGGGGCUGCUCCACCGGGUGGAGGUUUAGCAGACCCCCUUACUGAUCCAGAUAAAGGUUUCUACGAAAAUCUUCCCUUCCAUGGUAUGCAGAACCCACCAAACAAGGUCGCAAUUUCAACUAAACCAAAUCGCAUGCUCGUUUUCGUUUUUUUUUUGUUUUUUCGUUUUCGUUUUCACUUUAUUAUUUCGCAGCCAAUUUCUGUAAUUUCGCCAAUAGUUCAGGACGGUCCUAGCUCGCUUCAAUACCAACGAAAUCCCUCGAACUCAGCCACUACGGCUAGAAUCCACCGUAACAAAUCGUUCCACGGAUUCGAGAAUUACGGAGUGCAACCUCAAGUCUUCUACCCGUCCUAUCCCAAUCUGCAAUUUAUCCCAUCCAUAUUCUAUAAUCUGCCUCGUAACUUUAACCAGCACACGGGAAGCUACACCGUCGGAUCCAUCCGCACCAAUCCUCAGUUCAGCUACUGUAACCGAGUGCAGAGUUUCGGGAAUCUUCCGUUUUACGCUAAUCCCUUCAUGAUCACUAAUCCUUACAAUCAGCGAGUCGUGGGCCGCAGCGAGCACAGACUCGACGUAAGGCGCACAGCAUCCGGCAUCAAUCUCUCCGCUCCCGAGCAAACACAAAGCACUCGAAAUUCCAUAAAGACCAAACCCAAACAAUGCAAAUCAUCCAGCAAACGCUUCAACUCUUUGGAUUUAAAGAAGCACAAAUGUUACUCCCCGACUUUUUAUUCCAUGAGGUGCAAGAAACACGCCAAGAAACGCUCAAUCAUCUACGCCGUGCCGAAACACAAGCUUCAACCCGAAUAUCAAGACCUCUCAGAUAGCAUUCAAUUUUUAGAAGAGAAUCAUAAAAAUGCAAUUAACGAUACUCCGAAGCCCGCCCCGAGGUGUUCCAAGCACAACAAACAAGAAACCAUCUACGCCAACGUAUCUAAAUCAAUCAGUAACAAUUCACAAGACCUCAAUGAAUCGAAUAACAGUUGGGAAAAUGCCGACCCCGAAAUAUCCACUACCCAAGUUUUAGUCCACGAUAGCAGCGUUGCUCCAAAUUUAUCUGAAGUGAAAAAUUGUGAUCAGAAACCUAAAGCUAUUUGUCGCCACGAGAAAAGCAAAGAAAUCACAGCUUCCUUAAAUGGAAGUUCCACUGAUUUCAAAUCGCUCAAGAUAACCAAAGUUACUCCCAUGCAGAAAGUUAGUCCGAACUGCAUAAAACCAAAGACUGAAAGCCCCAAGGGCGCUUUACACAUGCAGCUGCAAGCCAAAAUGUUGGCCUCGGCUCGAAAGACCUUGAACAGCUCACCUCUAAUGCUCAACAGCACAACGCUCAUCCAAAAGGCCUUAAGCCAAACCUCUCUUAACCAAAGCAAUACUUCGCUCGAUAAAAUCCCGUCCAGUCCGCAAACCAAACAACCCAACGAAUCCGAAACCAAAGACCCGGAAAAACCGCUCAAGGAUGUCCCCGAAAUGCCGCUGCUGGAAACGCAAAAAUGGAACACUCAUAACACCACUAACAAUAACAAAAAGGUUUUUAGUUUGAUGUUUGUUUGUUGUUUGAUUACUAAUAUAUUAACCGAUUUGCAGAAUGCCUUUUAUACAUUAACAAAUCCGCAUUUGAAACAAAUUUCGGGCGCAACCGAUUUGCACCAUCAUCAUCAAUAUUCGGCAACAAUUCCCCAUCAAAAACACAUCAAGCUAAUACCGAGGUCGCUGUUCCAAGACCAACAACAACAGCAGCAUGAGCAGCAGCAGGUGAACAAGAGCAAAUCGUUCUCUUCGCGAAGCAAACCGAAGAAGCAUUUCCAAAUACCGCUCCAAAAGUGUCACAGCUUCAAGUUCCAAACUGCCGAAAGUUACUUCCAACCCAUCAAGAACAUCCACGAGGAGAACUUCAUGCGAAACGGGUACAUUUCCGAUUUGGGUCCGAACUACCCGGAGACCGAGGCCAGGCAUCACCAUCAUCUUCAUCAUCAUCACAGCAACAGCCAUCAGCAUUAUCAUAGCAGUAAACGCGACAAGCAGAAGUUGAACGGAGGUCCAUUAGUGUUAAGGAGACCCGGAGAUUAUCACGAAAACGUCCAGUUCCCAGACAACGUAUCGAAAUCUGUGCAGCUGCAGUACCCGCAGCCGGUACUCGCCGCAAGAAACAGCACAUCUUCAUCCUCGACAUCGGCAGCAGCAGCAGGUCCGAGGCCGAACGGCAUCGUCUACGCAGAUCUGGACAUGUCCAAGCAAAGCAAAAAGUCGUGCAAAAAGGACGGCAAAAACACGCUACCGAAGACCCAGAAAGUUAAAACAAAGACUGAAUAUGCGACGUUACAAUUUAACGAUGUAGGACAGGAAAUAGAUGUUUAACAAUUAGUUACGAUUUUAUACUACUAACACAACUUAGGAAUAUCAGCCAUACCGUUCAGAUUUUAGCGAUUUAGACUACGCGGAUGUCGAUUACAGAUCUUACGGGCCAAUCAACUAUAAAG